GGUCAGCGCCAGGCGAAGGACGGAAGCCUCACCACAAGGGCAGCGUCCUUGACCGACGACUGUCAGGUGCCAAGGCAGACAAAAAGCCUCAAGAGGGGACUUGUGCGCCUGCAAUUUCAAGCAGGAUCUCGGAUGAUGAGUCUUUCUGACAGCAACAUUGAGCCUCAUUCGCAUGUUUCGAAUUUGUUUUUCGGGAUGCCAUUUUUGGAAGGAUGAGUGGGCUUGUGGCGGUGUGCGAUCUCCCUCCGCUGUUAACAUUAACUAUGGGCCAACGCGUGGGGGAGCUGAGAUGCGUCCAGGUCUCGGGCGGAUUCCCAGCCGAAACCGAGCUCCCAAAUUCGACCUCCUGCUUGUCCAGUUUCAUGCUGCCUGCCUUAUUACGACCCGUCUCCGGCACCUAACAGCGGUUCCCAAAGACGCAGAAGGUCCGGUGUCCGUCAGCCUGUCAUCCAUACAUCCGAGUCUAUCAGCUCACGACGCCAGACCGCAGAGUGAUGCGACGGGGCUUGGCGGUCUCAAUGAAACCCCCCGCAAACGGAGUACAUACAGUAGUGUUCUCGGUUCCGGGGAACUGGGCCACGCCUGUGGCACUGUAACCUUGGUUCCUACAAGCCAGGGUUCUGCCGCUUACUGUGUAUACUCCAAACUCGCCCUACCCAUGGCCCAUGGGGCGAUGGCAAUGCGCUGACGACAAGAUCGCAACCGCAUACUCGGCGAGUUCUGCACGCUUGUCGAAUUGCUCAAAGGCAGGAAUCGGAACAAACAGCAGGACGGAUCGCGACGUGCCGUUU